GGUACCGUCGUGACUCGUUACUUCGUCUGUGGUACCGAUCUUCGCCUAAUUUUAAAUAAGUUAAGGUUUCCAAUAUAAGUUUAAGACAGGCUGCGAAUAUAAGUACUGAAAACCAUAGUAUUUUUCAACUAUGGCAAGAUUCUGCGGAUUGUUUGUGGCUAACUUCACAUUGUUGGUGACCAGUGCGUUUUUGCCGUGAAGCAAACGACACGUUUUUUUUUGUCUGUGUUUAAACUUUAGUUUUAGCCAAUGUUACAGAACAGGUAAUGCUAAACUUUUUAUUUUAUUAUCACCUUAAUCUAAUCCCCUUUCUUAUGCCGUUAUUAUAUUCUAUCUAAUUCACGUUUAGAAGUCGUAUUUGAAUAAAAUGUUAUUGAGGGGAUAGCGGCGGCCAUCUUGUUGCCAAACUUCACCUGCCCCUAGGGCUGUCGCUCUUUUUGUUUCAUAAUUUAUACUACUAUACAAUAUAUUUAUUUAUAAGUGGUAUAUUUGUUUAUAAUCGUGUUCUUGAAAACGAAAUUUUCAAUAUCAUAAUCCCAUAUAGAUUCGCAAGGGCGAAAAAUCAUUCGAGAGGUUUCAUAUUAUCUGAGAUUUUUUUAUUCUAUAUUUAUCUAUCUUGAGCAAAGCUUGGUUGCCCACGUCCCUUGGUAAUGGGUGAUAUCACCUAGAAUCGGAUUUUUAAUCGAAACAAUUGAUUACAGAACUACUCAUAAUGGCAAAUAAAAAAGAGAAAGUGAGUAAACGCAAAAAGCGGCCGUACACUGCUAAACAUUCAGAAACUAUGAUAAACUUAGCGGUGGAAGCAUUAAAAAAGAAGACAAUGUCGUCAUACGAUGCAGAAAAAGCCUUUGGCAUACCUCGCCGAACUUUAUUGGACAAGCUGCAUAAUAAACACCCUAAGAGACCAGGAUGCCCAACAAGACUUACCGAUCAGGAGGAAGAUGAAACAAUAAAAGUUUUAAUUGCAGCCGCCGAUUAUGGCAGUCCUUUGACUCUUUUGGAUUUGAGAAUUGUCGUAUACAGAUAUUUGGAGGGCAAUGGACGACUUUCAAUUUUUAAUAACAAAUUACCUGGAAAGAAGUGGGCAUACUCUUUUAUAAAAAGAAACAAACCUAAAUUAACCCACAGAGUGAUCCAAAACAUAAAAAGGAGCCGAGCAGAAAAAAGUCCCGAUGAAAUGAGAGAUUACUUCACAAAUUUAAAAUCAUCACUAGAAGGCGUCCCUAGUGAAAAUAUUUUAAAUUACGAUGAGACAAACUUGACAGAUAAUCCUGGGGUCCAAAAAUGUUUGUUCAGAAGAGGAAUUAAGUACCCCGAAAGGGUGUUAAACUAUACGAAGGGGGCUAUAUCUAUAAUGUUUGCAAUAACUGCAGCAGGAGAAUGUCUUCCUCCAUACGUUGUGUAUAAGGCGGAACAUUUAUAUACACAAUGGACACUUAAUGGACCUAAAGGAACCAGAUUCAACCGUUCUAAAUCGGGAUGGUUUGACAGCCAUUUAUUCGAAGAUUGGUUUGAAAGUAUGAUUUUACCAUGGGCUCAAAAUAAACCUGGUAAGAAAGUUUUGAUUGGUGAUAACCUAGCGUCCCACAUAAACGUCAAAAUUGUAAAAUAUUGUGAACAAAAUGAUAUAUGUUUCAUAUUUUUACCCCCAAAUUCAACACAUUUAACCCAACCCUUGGAUGUAUGCUAUUUUGGUCCCUUAAAAAAACUAUGGAGGGAAAUUCUAUUAAACUACAAAAUAAAAAACCCGAGAGAAGCAACAAUUCACAAGGGACAUUUUCCAAAUCUACUCAAACAACUAGUGGAAAAACUUAACGAAAAAAAUCAUAACAUAAUCAGUGGAUUUAAAAGCACUGGCAUUGUGCCAUUCAACCCCGACAAAGUAAUUAGUAAAAUGGCAGGUUCAAACCAACAAACGAUGACAUAUACUAUUGACAAUGCAUUAUUAGACUGGCUGAAGGAGACUCGCAGUGCAGAUCCUAAUAAAAAAGUACGAAACAAGAAAUUAGAUGUGCCACCGGGCAAAUCGGUUACCGAAAAAGAUUUUAAAGAUUUAACAACUCAACAAAAAUUAGUAAAAACAGGAAAAAGAAAUAAAAGGCAAAAAGAAAAAAAACUUAAAACUGUGCAGGUAAAUUCUGACUCAUUGCUGCAGCCAUUGCUAAUGCAAAAAAAUCCUGAAAGCCUCAAAAACUUGUGUAUCAGGAGUGUCAAUACUUACUUACUUCCAUAUAAGCAAAAUGCUGAGGUAUCCUUGUCGCAAGAAUCAAAUGUUAAAUAUUUGGGUGAACUUUCAAGGAAUGAUAAAGAAAAUAUGCCAUUCAUUGACAUAAUCCCAGACUGCCUACUUCAAUAUAAGCAAAAUGCUGAGGCAUCCUCGUCGCAAGAAUCAAAUGUUAAAUAUUUGGGUGAAAUUUCAAGGAAUGAUAAAGAAAAUAUGCCAUUUAUUGACGUAAUCCCAGACUGCCUUAAAACAAACCAAACAAAAAUUAUUAUAACCUCUGAUGUCAUUAUCGAAGCUGGGCCGUCUCAGAAAAUACUGCAGAAUAAGAAAGGAAACAGGAAUUUGAAAAAGAAAGGGGUUACAACAAUCACACGGUCUGCCUUACACAUGAAACUAGUCCCAAUUAAAAAGAGACAAAGAGUAGUAGCUGAACAAAGAAAAGUCCUAAAAGAAAUAACACAAGAAACAGAAGAAGAGGAAGAAGAAAUGACAGAUACUGUUGAAAAGGAACCAAAUGAUGAAAUUAAAGAAAGAAUAAGUCGAGAAACUACUAAAGCAAAAAAGAAGAUGCAAAAGCACACAUCUGUGAAACGAAGAAAGAAGAGAUCUAGUAGUCAAUCUAGCUUAACAACUGACAUUGAAAUGAAAAUAGAUGAUACGGAUGAUUCAGAAUAUGAAACAAUGGACGAUUUCAUCGCGACCUGCCAAAAAGAAGAACAAGAAAACAUAGAACCAUCAAUACACUACGGAAUUUCUGACAUUGAAUACUUCACAGAAAGUGAUAAUAAAUUAAAAACAGACUCCUGGAUUUUAGCUCAAUUUGUUACAAAAAAGAGUGUGAAGCACUUCGUAGGAAAAGUAAUAUCAAUAAAAAAUAACAUUCCUGAGGUCAAAUUUCUGAGAAAAAAGAAGGAAUCGAAAGUUAACCGAGGAUCAGUUUUUACUUACCCUACAGUUGAUGAUAUUUGGCCUAUGAAGCAUUUAGAUGAUAUUAUUUUAGUACUGCCUGAGCCAAAAAUUUGUCGACGAGGUCAAAUCAUAUUUAAUAUCGACUUGAGUAAUUACAACGUACAAUAGUUAUUUUACUUAUACUAUUUUCAUGAAAAUGAAUGCCUCAUUAUAUUAUUUUUAGUUCUUAUGUCUUUGACUGACCUGAUUAUUAGUAAUUGUUGAGUUUAUAUUUUAAGAAUUGUAAGUCAAAUAUUGUACCUUGAUUCUGUUUUUUUUUUGAUAACUGUUUUUUGUUACUAUACUAUUAAGCUAGAAGCAACUGAUUACUAAAUAUUUGUAUUUUUAUGUCUAUGCUUGACCGAGUCUGAUUUAAUGUCUAAGAAUAAUAAAUAAUACUAUUAUGAAUAAGAAUUUGAAGAUCAUUACGAGGCAAAUUUUUUUAACAUUCCCUUUGUUUUUGAUAACAUUUAAUCUACCAUUUAGCUUCAAAAUAAGGAUUAAAUUAUAAUAUGAGCUUUUAUGUCGAACUGACCUAGUUGAGUCUGAUUUUAUUAUUUAUUAUAAAAAAAUGGAAAUAUUGUUUUUA